AGAAACUCACAGACACCAAGCCAUAUACUAUAUUUAACAUAUACUAAAUAUAUAUAUACGAGUAACAAGCUAGUAUAGUAUAAUUAAGUCACGGUUAAAAAAUGGGAAAGGGAAGUAGUAUGAAUCCCGAUGAACCAGUUAAGAAGAGGAGUAGUAGUAGUCAUCAAUGGUCGUCGUCGGAGCUGGAGAAGAUGAAGACACAAGGCUUCUGGUUGCGGAGGUGGAGUUUCAUAGACUUGACCACCCUUUGUUGGUUCACUUGCAUACAUGUGUUGGCUGCUUGCGCGCCUUUCGUCUUCGAUUGGGACGCAUUUGUGGUGACUGUUGGUUUGACAUUGUUGACCGGAAUUGGUAUGACUUUAGGCUAUCAUAGACUUCUUACCCAUCGCAGCUUCAAGCUUCCUAAAUGGCUCGAGUAUUUCUUUGUUUAUUGGGGUGUACUUGCCGGCCAGAAAGAUCCAAUGUCAUGGGCAAGCAUACACAAGUACCACCACAAGUAUGCGGAGACAGAUAGAGACCCUCAUUCUCCAGCGGAAGGUUUUUGGUUUAGUCAUAUUGGCUGGUUUUGUUACAACGACUAUGUCGUAGCCAAGUCUGGAGAAUCAAGGAGUGGGAAAUACGCAAAUGUAACGGAUCUAAAGGCACAAUGGUUCUAUAGGUUCCUUCAUGAUACUUACUUUUUGCAUCCAACCGCGCUUGCAGUGCUACUAUAUCUCCACGGAGGCUUUCCCUACUUGGCUUGGGCAGUGGGUAUACGAACGAUAACAGUUUGCCAUAUCACAUUUGUGGUCCGCUCGGUCAGUCAUAUAUGGGGCGAUAGGACUUGGGACACUCCUGAUACUUCCACCAACAACUGGGUGACAGGGGUGGUAGCAAUAGGAGAAGGUUGGCAUAACAAUCAUCAUGCAUUUCCAAGUUCGGCUCGCCAUGGAUUGGAAUGGUGGCAGUUAGACUUGACAUGGGAGGUGAUCAAGCUUCUCCAGCUUGCCGGAUUAGCAACGGAUGUCAAGUUACCAACUGAGGCUGACAAAACAAGAAUGAUGAAGUUGCAGCUCCAGGAUUCCAAGCAAUCCAACAAAUUAAACUGAUAUCUAAACUAAAUUAAUUAGGGUCUUGAGAUUGAGUCUUGACCAAACAUAUAUAUGUGUUUAAAUAAAUAAAUUGUUUUUCUUGAGUACUUUGAUUUGUGUUAAAUUUUGCUUGCGAAUCAUGUACGUAGUCGAUGCAUUACUAUAUAUAUGUGUUAUAUAUUGCAA